CGCCCUGAUCUGGCCUUACUCACGGUCGAGUCGCCAGCUUAAGCUCGAACUGGCUGUGCAAGAGUUCCGUCGAAGGGACCACAAAGGACAACUCGAAGUUGUUUUUCAUGGCAAAGCGGCCGAGAGUUUAGCAAGCGUGCAAAUAGGCGAUGUCCUUCUUUGUGCAGGAAGGGGCGCACACGUUUACGAGGUCGAACGAACUUCGGAGAGAGACGUGGGAUUGAGGAUUGAAUAUGGGAUGCAACAGGAGGACAUGCUGUUAAUGAUUUGUCCGGCAAAGGCUCCAUCUGUAACUCUCCGCAUCGCCGGCAGUGCCCCACUGACACAAUCACAACCAGCCGUUCCUACCAAUGGUUUGGAAAUGUCACCGCCCCGGGUAUGGUACACACCACCGCAGACUCUGAAACGUUCAGUUCCUCGCAGCAACGACACUGAGGAGGAGGCGCCUCUCGCAGACGAUGAACCUUGGCUCAGUUUGUCACGGAAAGAGAAUGUAUUGAAGAAGAUUCGAAACAGCACUCCUCUCCGGAUAGAAAGCAGUCCGAGAUCACCAACGUCAUCACGACUGAGCUUGUCGUCAGUGGGGUCCCCUCUGCCAGUUCGUGGUAGCAAUUUGCGCGAUUCGUUGCUGUUGUCAAAGGACAAUGAGUUCUUGCUUCCGGAAGAGGAAGAAUCAUCGCAUGAGGAUCUGCUACGUCCGAAGUUUGAUGGGGGAGAGGACAAUAAUGCAGUCGCCUCCUUCGACAGCAGUGCAGGCGAUGUUGCAAAGCGCGACGAAUCUAGCGCAGACGCUCUUCCAGAAGAACCGCUCAGUCAACACGAUAUUGAUUCCCAUCCUCCAUCUAAGGAGCCUGAUCCAGUUUUCACCACAGACCAUGGCCCUCCUAAUGCUGAGCAGCCGCAGGAGGCACCAUCUGUAUCCUUACCAGGUGAGACUGUCAACACUUCGCGACCUGCAACUGGCGCAGGCUCUUCAGAAGUGUUUGUUACCCCGGAACAUACUCCACCCACUACAGGACCGCUGCCCGGAGCCCUGCCAGACCCGUCACUCACGCCAGUGGUAGGCCAGCCGGAUUUCGUAUUUGCUGUUCCAGACAAGCCGUUACGGUUAUCGCAAAGAAGAUCAGAACUGAAUAGUCUGAACGAGGAUGUAUCAGAAAGGAGGGCGCUUGACGAGUCUGCACCGAUGCCACCUCCAUCGCUCCUUCGCGAACCCAGCGAUGUAGAAGAUGAUGUGGUUGUUGAACUGAUGAUGGCUGUUGCAAGAAGACAAUCUUCAGAGUUUCCCGCGGAUGGUGAGCAAGGCGGUCUACAGAGUUCUGUCCUAAAAAUCAAUCCUCGCGCAAAGGAUGACGCAGAGUCUGAAACUGGACAAAGUUCAGGGCUUUCUACUAUGACAGAAGCUGGUUUGACGUCGCAUCUGGCAGACUACCCGUCUCUUCGAGACCUUACUUCUAGGUUCGGGGUAAUCGUUGAUGUCAUUGGUGUAGUUGUCGGCCACGCUGGGCCUGAUAAAACGAAGGGGCCAGAUUUUCUAUCAACCUUUCAGAUCGUCGAUCCUUCGUUGGACACUGCGUCAACUUUGACUGUCAAUAUCUUUCGACGCCCACGAAGUUAUCAUCCGUCCUUGCCAGAGCCUAUAGAUGGUACAGUGCUUUUGCUACGAAACUUUCAGAUACAGUCAUUCAACCGCAAACCACUAGCUGUGUCCACUGAGCUAUCGUCCUGGGCCGUUUUCGCUGAGAACGGACAGCACCAAAUUCCGGCUAUACCUGUCGAGUUUGGUCAAGAGGAAGAAAAAUACGUGAAACGGUUACAGAGUUGGUGGUCAACGAGCGACCGGACGGUACAGCCGCGACCUCGGUCAAGACCCACUUUAAAAAUCGAAGAGGUGAAGCUUGACAUGGUAUUCGAUCUUGUUGCUGAGGUUGUUUCCAUACCGCCGCCCAGUAUUCCGCUCACAAUCAUAGUGCAAGAUUACACGAGAAAUCCGCUCACUACAUCUCAGACUUAUGCCUUUCCAAUCACGCUUAGAGGUCAAGACGCCAAAACAGCGCUGAAGUUCAAGACUGGUGAUAUCGUCUACCUAAGAAACAUUACUGUCGUAAAAGAUGAUCUGGAUAGCAGUGCGGAUGAUUAUAUAGGCGCGAUUUCGCCCGAGCAGGGGGGCAAAGUCUUGGUGGCUAAAAGGCGACCUGAUGAUCCGAAGGUAGCGGCAUCGGAGAUAAUGACAAGGAAGAAGAAUGCGGAAGCGGAGCUCGUGAGACGGGGAUUUACACAUAGUCUACAGUAAGGAGCAGUAUGAUCAAACUUCAGUUCAUACAUAUAGAUCCUUGGGAAUGAAGGAAUCGCUAAACGGAAGGCCGCACAGCGUGGGAAACUCAAUACCUACAUCAGCCGUGAUCGAUACGAACG